GCGCGGCCGUGCGUCCAUCAUGUCGAUGCACGUGCACCGGCGCUCGCUGGCGCCCGGCCUGUCCCCGGCGCCCGGCCUGUCCCCGGCGGACCUGCUGGACAGCGCGGAGCGGCGCCAGGAGGCGAUGGUGGUGAAGGCUCGCGAGCAGAUGGAGAGGAUCCAGCAAGGCCUGCGCCCGGCCGGGCGGUCGCAGCUCACCAACGCGCACCCGCCGCGGCCCGUGCCCCCCGGCUGCUACGACGCAGGCGACGGCAUCUUCGACCCGCGCAGGAACUGCGUCUACGACCCCGACACACUCGACGUCGUCAGAGUGCCGACGAAGGACCAAAUGCAGUGGAUCAAGGAGAACUGCCGCAAGGGCUGGGACGAGAACGUGGGCUUCCGGCCCGAGCUGUACGAGAACUGGUGGAUGGAGUCGCCGCCGUCGUCGGUGUCUGCGGCGGAGGAGGAGGCGGAGGAGGAGGAGGAGGAGGAAGAGGAGGCGGAGGAGGAGGAGGAGCGCGCGGGCGAGGAGGAGGAGGAGGAGGAGGCGUGGGCGCUGGAGGAGGGCAGCGUGCGCCUCGAGCCCACGAUGGAGGAGCGCUUCGACGCCGAGUUCGAGGAGGAGCCCCUGCCGGCGCACGACGUGGCGCUGGACGCGACGCCCGCGGAGGACAUCUACCCGUUCCUCUUCCCGGAGACGGAGGAGGAGGGCGCGACGGUGCUGGAGAAGCUGAUGGUGCCCGUGAGCACGGAGGUGACGCAGGAGAACCUGCGCAUGCGCCAGCGCUACCUGAACGCGCUGGAGGCGGACCGCGCCGCCAUGGACGCCCGCGAGCACAUGGAGAAGAAGCGCGAGGAGGAGGAGGCGGCCAAGGCCAAGGAGGCGGUGGAGAAGGCCAAGAGCGAGUCGCCGCCCGCCACCCCGCGCCUCUCGCUCGACGAGACGGAGGAGGUGGGCACGAGCCCUCCAGCUCCUUAUUCAUUCAAUUCUUCAUUCAUUUAUGCAUGCAUUCAAUUCUUCAUGCAUUCAUUCAAUUCUUCAUUCAUUCAUUCAUUCAAUUAUUCAUUCAUUCAAUCAAUUCUUCAUGCAUUCAUUCAUUCAAUUCUUCAUUCAUUCAAUUCUUCAUCCAUCCAUUCAUUCAUUCAUUCAAUUCUUCAUUCACAUAUGCAUGCAUUCAAUUCUUCAUUCAUUCAUUCAAUUCUUCAUUCAUUCAUUCAAUUCUUCAUUCAUUCAUGCAUGCAAUUCUUUAUUCAUUCAUUCAUUUA